AUGGCCGCUGUUGCCGCAAACGCUGCCGCAAAUGCUCCGGCAAUCACUUUUCUCACUGAUGCCGCGCAUCUGCUCCGAAUGGCAGCUCCCGAGACGUCGGCGCAUCUGCUGAGCCAGAGAGCAGCGCUUCUCUACUCCAACGACUUGACGCCCUCGGAUCUCGAGCGACAGCAUGUCUGCGCAGCCUGUGGACACAUUAUGAUUCCGGGACAAGGGACGCAGCUGAAGCUCGAGACGCUGAGGGCAUCGAGGAAGAAGGCAGCGCGCACAAAAGCAUCGAAAAGCCCGACGUUGACGAGAAAAACGCAGCCGCCAGCGAAACCGCCACAGCGGUCCAAAGACUUUACCUGCGGUCUCUGCGCCCGAGUCACCAGGAUUCCGCUGCCGGCUCCGGCUCCUAUCUCGCGCCAGAAAGCUGCCAAGGCAAAGGCAAGGAUGCAAAAGGCUGCGGAAAGUGUUGAGGCCCCAAAACCCGCCACAGCCAACGCGAGCAGCAAGAAGCGCGCCAAAAAUCGCAAGGCGGGACUGCAGGCUCUGCUCUCUGGCCAGCAGCAGCGCCCAUCGAAUCCGCUGUCGCUCGCAGACUUUAUGAUGAAAUGA